CCUCGUGAAUAGAUGGUUACAUCCAAGGAAAUACUGGUCAUUGCUGGGAAAUGAAAUUCCCUUAAAACAAUAGGUAUAUAUUGAGCAUAUAGUUUAUAUCCAGUUGAAAGAAGAAAAGAAAACGAGGAACGGCGAUCAACAUGUCUAAAGAAGCUGCAUCAGAGAAAGUCCUUGGUCUGAAGUUUGACCAGUGUGUCUCUGAUCUUAUGAUCAAAACAGCAACUGGUCUAGGAUUGGGAAUUAUUUUUUCUGUGACAUUGUUUAAGCGUCGCCCAUGGCCUGUGGCUUUUGGAAUUGGUGCUGGUCUUGGAAUGGCUUAUUCUAACUGCCAAAACGAAUUCAAACAUCCUCUACAAUCUCCCGGCCGUUAUGUGAAGGUUGAGAGAAAAGAAUCGACGUAGCAAGAUUAUACAUAUAGGUAUAUUUGCAUGUAUGCAUUGACCGGUUGACAGGAGUACAGUGAAAUGGCUGCUACCUAGACUGAAGUGUCUUCUGUGCUACAGCUGAGGACCAUCUCCACUGAUGUGAAAAUCCCUAACAGUACAAGAUGUCACUACAAUUGACUAUUUAUUUUGUAGUCUCUUCCUUUUUCUCUCUUUCUCUUUCUCAGUCAUCUUCAAUGAUACAUUUUGUACUGUAAUCUUGUUACAAAAUCAAAAUUUCAAAAACAAAAGUAAAACAACAAAAACAAAAUAUAAAUCCUUUAAAAAAUGCAGUUUUGCAAAUAAAAUCAUUUUUUUUUCCUUA